AUGUCAUAUAAACUCACCAGAGAAGAUGUCACAUGGGGUGUUGAGGAGUCCGCAGCCAUUCGAGCUGCUGGUAAUCCCAACCCAGCGGUACUUCGUGCUCUGUUGGAUUACCAUAAACGAAAAAUUCGCGAACUAGCAGGCUGCUCUCCCAAUGCGAAUAUUAGUGGCAGCAACAUGGGCACCUACGAAUCUCCGCUCACCGCUGCCAUUCGCGUUAAUUCAGCAGACAAUGUUCGGAUGCUUCUGGCCUGUGGUGCAGACCCCACAGGCAUCCAUAUUUGGGAUUUAUCUGACUACUCUGCAAGGUUUAUGCGUGGCCGAGACGCCAAAGUCGACAUCUCAAGCUUUGGUCCGUGCCCCUCACGACUGCAUAUCCUAAAAGUCGCAGAGAGUAAGGGAAUCACCGACCAGAUACAGCCGUUAACACAAGCUGAACUGGAGGAGCGGCGCACCAGCUUUCCACGAUUUUGGACUGAGCCCAAUGUCCCAGGCCAGAGACUAAGAAUGAAUAAAGGCAACACGGCUCUGGAGGUGGCUGCUGGCCUAGGCUUUGAGGAGAUCUUCGCGCUAGUUCGUGAAGCGGGGGCAGACGAGUCUGCCUGGAUCAGCGCUUCCAGCCACUUCGAUGAUACUAAGCCAUCGUCACUAAGCAUCACAUCUCCUAUCCAUGAGGCCAUCGAAAACGGUCAACACGCUAUGCUUGAACGACUACUCAAUGAAUAUCAUUAUUCUCCAAAUUAUCGGGCAAUGGUAGCUCCUACAAUUGCAUUUCCGCCCCUUUCUUUUGCACUAGGGCGAUGUGAUCCAAAUGAUCCUAAUAUUCGGGCCUGUAUCAAACAUCUUCUUGCGCAUCCGGAUAUCGACUUGAAUCUUCGCACUCCCAUCUUCGAAAUUCAUCCACUUCAUUUAGCAGUUGCUCGCCAUGACCUUGAACUCCUAUCGUUUCUUCCCAUGCCACUAUCUAGCGCAGGUAUGACGGCCUUAGGUCAUACGUUGCUUCAUAUCGCCUCGCUCCCACUUACCUCAAUGUCUAUGAACCGAGAAGUUCCUGAUGCCGUGCGAAGUGUUCAUUGCGCCCGCACCCUGGAUUCGAGGUGGCUUCCGCAUUCACAACCCAGCCCGCUGCACUUGAAAACAACAAAUAAAAUUGCUAGCGAGGUGCCAUUUCCUCCUAUUAAUCCACCAACACCAUUGACUCCUACUGAGCAGGAUGCACAACUCAGCAUCCUUCGCGUGCUUGCCGAUGCGGGGAUCGAUGUACGGGCCCAGGAUGUGGAUGGAAAUACUGCAUUGCACUAUCUUGCUACUGCCUUGAAUGGCGAUCCCAGAGCUAUGAAGCUAUUACGGGAGAUGGAAGGAGGCGAGGAGGUCUACAACAAUUGUAAAAAUCGGGAGGACCUGACGCCCCGUACCCUGUGGGAAGCUUGCAACGAAGCAUGA